AUGAUAACGCAGUUUGAUUUAGCUGAGAACGAGCUCGAAUUUCUACAUCCAAGUCUUACAGCUUUGAUGCCAAACAUAGAAAAACUGGAUCUCUCUAAAAACCAACUUUUCAAAAUGGUCCAGGGACAAAAAGUAGUAUUUGCACAGUUAUUACUUUCAUUGCGCCAUCUUAAGAGAAUAAAUCUAUCUUCAAAUGAUCUAAGUACCAUACCGACAGAAAUGUUUAAAGGUAAUCAUAAUCUACAAUUUAUAGACCUUUCUUGGAACCAACUUGAACAGGUAACGUUUACCUUAAGCCAUUUAGUAACCCUCGAAGUUUUACUGUUACAAAAUAACAAAAUUAAAGAUUUCGAUGUUUUAUCAAUGAGAAACAUAGACUCCGUCAUUGCCAAUAUCUCAUACUUGACUUACACGAAGUUAAGAGUAUAUCUAGAGUAUAACCCUCUGUCGUGCUCAAAAUGCGAGACAGAAGCAUUCAUAAACUGGCUUUUAAGUACAAAGUCUGUGAAAAUUCCACUUUCCAAUCUAACAUGCAGUGACGAGAAUGGCUCUUUUAGAGCUAUUGAUCAAGCUACAUUCAAUUAUGUUCAAGGCAUUUGUAGGAGGAGAAUUAUUAUUAUUUCGACAAGCGCAGCUAGCGGAGUUAUGGCCCUUAUCGCUCUUGUUACUAUAGUUGCCGUCUACAGAUAUCGUAAGAUGGCUAGGAGGAAAGCGAACAGAAUAGAAUUGAUUAACAAUCUACGCAACGGAGAAGGACCAUAUAAAUUUGUGGCUUUCUUGUCUUACAGUGACCACGAUGAAAACUUUGUGAAUGAUUAUCUGUAUAGACAAUUGAAUGAAACUCUACAACUAAUGACGGGAAUACAUGAAGAAGAUAGAGAUUUAGUCUGUACCCAUAAUAUGCAUUUUGAAAUUGGUCACGGUAUAUUAGCUGAAACUGCACGAUGUAUAAACAGUUCCUCUUCAUUAAUUGCGGUCGUGUCAGACAGCUAUCAUUGCGAUGGAAACUGCUUUUUCGAGUUAGAUUGUGCAGCUAGGCACUUUCGAAAGCCUAUUGUACCAUGUGCAAAUGAAACAAUCUACGAAGCCGUAUUUGAACAGCCAAUGCUGCUGCCUUUUAGAAGAGAAACAAGAGUCACAUGGAGGUAUGAAAAUCAACAGUAUAACAUGAAUACAACAAUAGAGGAUUUUUGUUCUUCACUUUUAGACAUUAUUGCUAACAUGCAGUGA